AGAGCCAUCACCAUCAACGCGGCGGUGGUCGCUACCAGGCGAGGCUGCAGCGCAACGCGACGACGGUAUGACGAUGUUCUCAGCUGCUGCUGCUGCUGCGUCUGCCCUUGUGGCAGCGGCCUUGUUUCCCCCUGUGACAGCUGUGUCUGCGGGAUCCAGCCAUUCCUGUGCCGUGCUCAGCGAUGCUACCGUCAAGUGCUUCGGCGACAACCUGCUGGGGCAGCUGGGCCAACUGGACUCGCUCUCCCGUGGUCUAAACGCGACAGACAUGGGCGACAACCUCCCCACGGUCCCGCUGGGGACGUUCCAAGCUGCUGCCGUUUACUCCGGAAACGAGUUCAACUGCGCGGUCUCCGUGGACGGGGACUCCGUGAAAUGCUGGGGGCAGAACGACGGGGGCCAGCUUGGACUGGGGGACACGGAGGCCCGCGGCGGCCUCAACGAUGAGGUCUUCGAGAUGGGCGAAAACCUUCCCACCGUCGACUUCAGCGGCAACAGCGGCCUCUCCGUGGAGUCCAUGUCCCUGGGGGGCUCCGCGGCAUGCGCGCUGCUGACCGGGGGGUCGGUGCGGUGCUGGGGGGCGAACGAGGCGGGGCAAUUGGGUCUGGGGGACACGGAGAACAGAGGGGAUGAGCCGGACGAGAUGGGGGACGAUUUGCCGUUCGUCGACCUCGGUACCGGUGCAGUGGUGUCCUCGGUGGCUGUCGGUGCGAAGCACGCCUGCGCCACGAUGGAAGACGGCGUCGUCAAGUGCUGGGGGAACAAUGACGGGGGGCAGCUGGGGUACGAAGACCGACUUCCCAGGGGCACCGGUGUCGAGAUUGAUGGGGUGGGGGGGAUGGGGGACGCGCUAGCUGCGGUGGACCUCGGUCUGGGCCAGAGGGCGAUUGCUGUUGAGGCUGGCUUCUUCCACACCUGCGCGCUGCUCUACGAGGGCGACAUCAAGUGCUGGGGCUUUGGGUCCAGUGGUCAGCUUGGUCAGGGCAGCAACGCGUCGAUAGGGGACGCCCUGAACACCAUGGGUGAUAACCUUGCACCGAUAGAUCUCGGGACUGGCCGCACUGCUGUAGCCGUUGCCCUCGGAGGAACGCACACAUGUGCAGUUCUAGACAACGAAACGCUCAAGUGCUGGGGCAGCAACAGUUUAGGCUCCCUGGGGCUCGGCGACGCCAUUCCCCGUGGCACAGGGCCCGGUGAGAUGGGCGACAACCUGGAAAGCGUGCCGCUGACAUUCGGGGACGGUGAGGGCGCCGCAUCCAACGUCUUCGCCGGGUCCUUUCACUCUUGCGUGACUGGGUCCGAGGGGGGGCUGGCCUGUUUCGGGUACAACAUCUUGGGCCAGCUGGGAGCCGGGACAAGUGAAACUAUCGGGGAUGAGCCGGGAGAGGUGGAAGCUCUAGCCUCCGUGGACCUCGGGGAAAGAGCUACGGUGGUGGCGCCGGUAUCCCCCUGGUCAAUUUUUAACGCUUCGCGCACGGUAUCUUCACCGACGACACAGAUCGGGAACGUCGGUGGAGGGGACGGGAACGACGGGGUGUCUUCCUCCACUAUCGCGGCCGCUGUUGGCGGCGGAAUCGCGGCGGUGCUCCUCAUCUCAUUGGCAGUGUGCUGCUGCUGCUGCAGGCGACGGCUCAGGCAGCGGGAGAAGCAGCGGGAGCAGCUUUGGCAGCGGGAAUCGACAGCGGCGGCCGCUGCUGCUGCAAGCGCUGCGGCAGGGGCUGAUAGUGCAGCGAAAGCCACCAAGGUCGACAACGGCAAGCGGGUGCAGUUCAACAGCAACGUUAACCCCGAGGUGGUCGACAUCCACCCCCUCCUUCGAGGCGUGUGUCUGGACCCGAAACCGCCGACGCAGCAGUCUACUAGCGGCGGGCUCCCGGCGACGGCAUCAGCGGGGGGGGUCGCGACGACGCCCGGCGCUGUUUCCGCCGCCGCCCCUGCCGUCGCUGCUGCUGAGGCCCCACCUUCCUCAACAUCUUCCGGAGACGAGACGAAGGUUUCCAUUGGAGGUCUCGGGGAACCACUGCCGGACGGCGGGGCUCCCGCGGCGCCAACGGUAGGGGGGGUAGGGCAAGCCGCGGAGCCGCUGCCGAGACCAGGGGCGAACGCACCGAGCGGUGCCGCUUGACCUUGCCGAGAGCGGCCGGGGGAAAAGAGAGAGCGCUUGGAACACAUACCACCCUACCUGUUGUCCGGUGGGCCAGGCGGGGAGAAUUUCGCUGCUAACGGCAAGUUACCGCUUUUGGGGGGUCCCUCAAGGACGAAUCGCCCGCCGGUAUUGUCGUCAGUGCCUCAGCCGCCGUCGGCGGCCUCUCGAGUCCCCGGGGGUGACGCAAGAUCAGGAGAGGAGCCUAGAGUGGUGGCCAAGGCCCCAAGACAUAGGUGGAGAUCCCCCGGGAGGCGCGGGGAGGCUAGCCCUCCUCGAGCAGGAGGGAAGGAAGGGAGGCAGGACGUGAGCCUCAAGAUUUGAUGCAUGGGCAAGAAGGCGCGCGAUUCGUUGAUUUUGGUGCCCCCGAAACUACAAAAGGGUUUUCAGACACAAGGAUGAAAUCUGCUCCUCUCUCUUCUCCCCCCCCGCCCCCUUUCCCCAGCGAAAUGUUUCGGCCGUCCAUUCGUGUGCCUGUUUUUCGAUGUUGUACGAGAAGCUUCUUACUUUUGUGCAGAGGUGGUUGAUCGUGUGGUUCGUGUAUUGGUGUCGAUUUAGGCCCAUGUGCUUACACGGCUGUGUGCGGUGGGUGGGCUUGUUUUUUGGUUCGGCCGGAAAGUCGCGGAGGUCUUUUGACGUUGUAUCUGUUGGAUCAUUUGUUAUUUCGAGUAGUUGUUGUUGUGUUGCUUGUCUGCCAUGGUCUUCUCCAGGUUGAUUUUUUGUUUUCGGGUCCGACCCUCAACAACAGCCGGGGUGAUGAAGGCGUGCCCUCUCGGUUGGGACGUUUUCUACAUGCUCGGUUCCAUUCAAAAAGCGACCACGGCAUGAAGUUGCCGUGCGAAGAUGAAUCGCGUUAAUGAUAACGCCGGGGCAGGGGUGCCGCUUGUCCUACGUCAAGUUGAGUGCCGCUCCAUGCCAUACGCGUUGUUCGCCAUCCUCCACUGUCGGCAAAUACUUGGCUUCCUUUGCAUGAGCGAAGGGCGAUUGCCUGUUUUAUUGUCUCUCAAUAGAUGUGUGCGGCGGAUACAUCCAUGGAGUACUCCGCAUGCACUUUUUUCCGUGUCUCAGGCGGCCCGUGUUUCGUCAGAUCUUUUACCCAUUUCGUGUGGGGACAAGAGUAGCCUUUGGUGACCUUGGUUUCAUAGUUCUAGCGUGGGUGUUUUAGUUGUGUGUAUUUUAUGGGAAGAUUGGAUGGCCAGCACAGACGUGGUAGAUAUAUAAGUACAACCCGGACAUUGGCUGGCAAGGAUACGGAUGUAGGAAGUCGAGAGCAGCUGAGUACCAUACUGACACACAACGGAUCCUGUUGCCCAAAAGCAAGACGAAGGUGGUUUGAAAGGAUCAUGAGGUGUUGCCAUGACUCCGACUAAAAGGAGUUAGUCAGUCGCAAGCGCCGGCGAAAACGGACAAGGGUCGAUGCUCUUGGACGGUAAAACGCGACCCUUGCCGAAAGAACGCGAACUUUGAAUGAAUGUGGUUCUGUGAAGCUAUAUGAGCGUGGAGAGAACUGCUGGGCGCCUGAAGGAAAUAUCUGUGUGCAGGGACUCAGGUGUUUGUCCUUCCCUCCCGUUGGUUUCCCGUCCCGUCCCCC